GGCUUAUUUUUGAUCCCAGCAAGGUUAUCACGCCAAAUAUCUAUUCCCAUAGUUUCCUUUUUAAAAAAUCACACGUGUGUAUUUGCUUCUUUGAUUUCAAACCAAUCAAGGGAAAAUAAAUUUCUUGAAUUCGUUGAGGCCCCUUAAAGAGACAGUUUUGAGAUGACUUUCAAAAACCAUCGAAAUGUAGUGUUAGGAGUGGCAGGUGUUGGUGUGGCAGCGGUGGGGAUCGCCGGAUUUUUGCUCUACUCUUACACCCAUCGCCGCUCUUGCCCUCCAUCGACCCCGUGGUUCGGCUCUUCUGGGCGAAAAGAAAACCGCUCUGCGUCUUCCAGCCCAGAGGCCUCCGCCAAGAACACCGUUUCCCCCCCACCGGUGGCUUUAGCCCCAGAGGACGAGGUGCUUCCACCCGAGAUGCGGGAGAAGGCGAUGCGGCUUCUCGACAUGCUCAAGCAGAAGGCCAAUCUUGACUUUCAAGAGGGACGCUACGAGGACGCGCUUAAGGGGUAUCAGGAGUGCAUCGACGUCACGUAUGCCUUGGGAAGUCGCGAUGUUGAGGGCGUGAAGGCUGGACAGGUGGUUCGCGCCAACGCCGUGAUGUGUUACAUUAGGCUGAAGAAUUUCGACGAUGCCUCGUUGGUUGCUUCUAUGAUGCUAGAAGAUAAGGUUUUCCCCCUGGAGGGGGAUUUGAAAGUGAAGGUUCUUUAUCGUAGAGGAUUGGUAGCAAAAGCUCUUGGUAAUAAGGAGGCUGCUCUAGCGGACUUCAGGGCUGCUAUACAUUUUUCACCUGAUAAGAAGAACCCCGCAGCGGAACGGGAGAUUGCAAUGUUGUCCUAG